UUCACACUCUGCCCAGGUCGCCGCCAUCAAUACCCGAUCCCGCUGCCUGCUCGCUCCUGCAAUCUGGACUCGUUCUGGCACAAGCCCUGUCAUGGACGGCCGCUGCUAUCUCCGCGAAAAGAUCGGCACUCGGGCAGCGCACGCACUUGACACUACUUCGGACAGUGAUGUGCCGUCGCUCACUCCGGCGAGCCCAGCCCCUCCUGGCAUCGAAUCGGUCCCUCUCUCCCCUUCUCUGGAUGGCGGCGACGAGGCUGAUUCUGAAAGAACUCUCCACCGACGAGAUCCGCUGUUUGACACGUCAUCAAUCUGUUCCCUCUUCAUAGCAGCGACCGCUUGCUUUCUCCGCUCCACUACUAAUGACUCGAUGAACGCUGCUCAUGUUCAGCGCUUCAUUUCUAUUUCUUUCCCUUGUUGGAGUACAUCCCUUCUCCUUCGAUUCAGUGCUGCCAUGUACUUCCUUGGUUCAACUCCCCCGGAUUGGCUCUACUCUGUGCUCUUGAUGUGGCGAAUUCUCUGAAGCCUGGCCUCUCAAUGGUAAUUGCCAAAUCUGCCAAUUGAUGAGCCAGUAUAUUCCCUUCUCUUGGAGAAUAGCGUCAAUUUCUGCACACUUGCCUUUGGAUUUACUAAAGAUCAUAAAGAAGACUCCUGCUGACUACAUUGACAUAUUCAUUUCUAUAAGAUGACUUCUCAGUCUCCUCCUUUUUCUUUGUACGCUGCUCCUCAAUUCAAAUAUGAGGUCUUCAUAAGUUUUAGAGGUUCAGACACUCGCUGUGGCUUUUUCAGCCAUUUGCUUACAGCAUUACGUCAGAAAAAGAUUCAUGUAUAUGUAGAUUAUAACCUUAAAGAAGGAAAUGAAAUAUUGCCAGCACUUUUUGCAGCAAUUGAACAAUCACAAAUUGCACUAAUUAUUUUCUCGGAAGAUUAUGCCUCUUCGAAAUGGUGCUUAGAAGAACUUGUCAAAAUAACUGAAUGUCAAAAGGAGAAGGGACAAAUCAUCAUACCUAUUUUCUACAAUGUAGAGCCUUCAGAAGUGCGACAUCAGAAGAGGUCCUAUGCAGAAGCAUUUGUUAAACAUGAAAAUGAUUUCAAGGACAAAGUCAGUAAAUGGAGAGCUGCACUGAAGGGAGUCUCAGAUUUAUCAGGAUUCCAUUCCAAAAAUUUUAGAAGUGAGGCUGGGCUCAUUGAAGAAGUUGUCAAACACAUUUUGAAAACUUUAGAUGAUAUGCACCCAGCUCAUGACUUUCAAGGCCUUGUUGGAAUUAAUAAACCAGUCAACGAACUUGAGUCAAUAGUUUUUGCCAAUGGCUCAAAAGAUAUUCGUGUUAUAGGAAUUUGGGGCAUGGGUGGCAUUGGUAAGACUACUAUUGCCAAUGUAUUAUUUAAAAAAUUGUGUUCUCAAUAUGAAAGUCAUCAUUUUCUAGCAAAUGUCAGAAAGGAGUCAGAAAAGUGGGGACUAAUUCAGUUAAGAGACAAAAUUCUUUCUGUAUUCACAGACGAAAAAGAUUUAAACAUUGGUGUUCCCAACGGAGUACCGAAUCAUGUUUUGAGAAAACUUCGUCGCAGAAAGAUUCUUGUUGUUCUUGACGAUGUUAGUACUUCUGAUCAAAUCAUAAACUUAGUUGGAGGACAUAAUUGGUUGGGUCCUGGUAGUAGAAUCAUUGUUACAACUAGGGAUAAACAUGCAAUUUGUAAAGAAGCGGAUGACAUAUACAAAGUAAAGGCAUUGGAAUCUAGUGAUGCCCAACAGCUUCUAAAUUUGCAUGCCUUUGAUGGAACUGAUGGACAUUGCCUUGAAUUGCGCUGGCAUAAUCUUGUGUCGAAAAUGGUUGAAUAUGCUAAAGGCAUCCCAUUAGGAUUGAAAGUUUUGGGUUCUUUUCUUUAUGGAAAAUGUUUUGAAGAUUGGGGAUGUCAAUUACGGAAGCUUCAGAAAAUGCCCCUUCAAGAGAUUCAUAAUGUGUUGAGAUUAAGUUAUGAAGGAUUGGAUCACCAAGAGAAGAGCAUAUUUUUAUAUGUUGCUUGUUUCUUCAAAGGGGAUGAAGGAAAGGAUACUGUAGAGAAUUUAUUAGAUGCCUGUGGUUACUCAACAUCUAUUGCAUUAAAAACUCUGCAAGAUAGAGCUCUUAUUAGUAUUGAGCAUUGUGUAUCCAUGCAUGACUUGAUUCGAGAAAUGGGCCGAUGGAUUGUGCGUCAACAAAGCAUCAAUAAGCCUGGAGAACAACGUCAUUUAUGGGAUCCUCAUGACAUUCAUCGUGUAUUGAAACAUAGAGAGGGCACGGACUAUAUUGAAAGCUUAACCUGGAACAUGUCAACUGUUAGUGCUGACAUAAGCCUAAGUCCUCAUUUGUUUGCUAGAAUGGAAAAUCUAAAACUUCUGAGGUUUUAUUACAAUAAUAAUAAUAAUAAUAGCAGUGAUUAUUACUAUUAUUAUUAUUAUUGUUCGGAUAAUAACACGUGCCAAGUGCAUCUUCCAGAAGGUCUUGAAAUACUGCCACAGAAACUACGACUCUUUCAUUGGGACAAUUACCCUGCGAAAGCCUUGCCAACAACAUUCAAUGCAGAGUGUCUUGUUGAACUUCGUAUGAAAGAAAGUCGCGUUGAAAAGCUCUGGGAUGGUGUACAGGAUAUACCAAAUAUGAAAAGGAUUGUUCUUAAUGGAUCCAAACAAUUGAUGGAGAUUCCAGAUUUAUCUAAAGCCUUGAGUCUUCAAGAAUUAGAACUCAUGGGAUGCAUAAAUUUGCUUUCGGUUCACCCAUCAAUUUUUUCUCUCCCAAAACUUGUUACGGUGACCCUAUGGAAUUGCCGAAGGCUUGAGAAACUUCCAGGGUGGUGUGAAGUGAAAAAGGAAGUAUUGAGUGAAGCAUCAGCGUCAUCAACAUCAUCGUGCUCAGGAUCAUCACAUACUUCCCGCUCCAAGCUUCAGUACUUAAACUUGGAUGGAUGUGUGAAUCUGAUGCAUCUGCCAGACAGCUUUUCUAAUCUCACCACUCUUAAAGUGCUUUAUCUUGGAGGGUGCAUAAAGUUAGACACAUCAAAUCUAUACAUCUUAUUUGAUGCCUUAUGUUCUAUAACACAGCUAGACUUGGAUGGGUGUGAUAAGUUGUAUGAAAUCCCAGAUAACAUCAGCAACUUAUCAUUGUUAGAGUCGUUAUCACUCAGGGAAACUAAUGUGAAGAGCAUUCCAGAAACUAUCAGACACCUUCCACGCCUCAGAAAUCUCUACUUAACCAGUUGCAUGGUGCUCCGGUCAAUGCCUCGAAUUCCACCAUCCCUCCAUUGUUUAACAGCCAAUAACUGCAAAUCGUUGGAGAGAGUGUUCACUCCAACACCUGAACUACUCCAACAACACCUUGCAUCCUACGAAAAGGAGUAUUAUAUUGGAGGCACGGUUUUUUCAUUCAGGAAUUGCCCAAAUUUAAAGAAAGAUUCAAUUGAGGCUAUUCGUGAAUAUGUCAAGUGCUGCAAUGAAGAGAAGAGAUCAAUGAGAGAUGCUAGGAGUGUAGGGAGUAAGAGAAAGCGUCAUUGAUGCAUGCACGCACACACAAGAAACAUUUCCCAUGCUCACCUCUCUGUUUUUGUUUUUUGUUAUUUAAUUGCUGAGUUCUAUUUUCUUGCUAGUUGUAGUAUGUAUGCACAUUUCUGAGAUUGUUGGAGUUCUGACUACGAUUUUUGGUUAAUGAAGACAAGCUCUGACUAUUUUUUGCUAUCAAAUAUUUCUGAUAGUAAAUUA